AUGCAACCCGUGACCUCGAACCACCACCGCGAGGACAGCUCUGAGGAAGACUCGCUGCUUCCUGGACCCAGUCGGCGACCACAGCGUGGACAGCGCAAGAUGGAUUACUCUCUCGCUGGGCUAAUGGGCUGGAAGGCCCACCCCUACUGGCUGAUCCCGGUCGUCAUUAUAAUGUCGAUGUCGCGCGGUAUAACCAUGUCGCCUCGUGUCCAAGUCUACAACGCAAUUGCUUGCCGAUCGAUAUCAAACGAGUCGGGCAUAGGGUUGGCAGAGCUGUUAAAUUCGCCCGCAUGCGAUAGGCCCGAAGUCAAGGCGCGUGCAGUGGAGAUACAAGCUUCCGUCAUUACCACAAUGAGUGUUUUGAGCACCAUUACCACCGGGUUUUGGAGCCGGCUCGGAGACAAAUAUGGGCGGACACCCAUUUUGGCGGCUUUCUUCAUAGGCGCGCUUCUGAUGGAAGCUGUUUAUGUUCUCGUUAUGAAGGAAGACACGAUCUUUGGGCAGUCACCUGAGCGCUGGAUCUUGGCUGGCCCGAUCAUAGAGGGCUUAGUCGGUGGACUCUCCGUUUUUAACGGUGUCACUCACGCUUACGUUUCUGACUGCACGAGGCACGGAUCAAGGUCCAAGAUUUUCUCAACUUUGUCCGGGAUGAUCUUCGUAGGCCUCGCAAUGGGUCCUUGGUUCUCCGGAUAUUUCCUUCCGAAGGCUGGCUACAGCGAUUCCUUCUUUUUCUGCAGUAUUAGCCUUAUCAGCUUCAACUUCUUUUAUGUUUUGAUCCUUUGCCCGGAGUCACUGCAACGACAACCUGCCACAACGAGAACCACUGGAGGGACCCGCACCGAAGCUAAAGCGGGAGCACUUCCGACCAUCCGGCGCCUAUUGACCUCCUUCAUCGAAGCGCUCUUGCUUCCGUUAUUCAUGUUCGCUCCAAGAAGAUCACGAGGGACUGGCAAGCGAAGUUACACCAUGGUCUUCAUGGGUCUCGCCUUGCUCAUCUAUCUUACAUCCACUGGAGUCUUUUCCGCCAAAUAUGUUUACGCAACACAUGAAUUCAAAUGGAAUACUGCAGAGCUCGGAUAUUACAUGUCCUUGCUCUGGACAGUGCGAGCCUUCAACCUCCUCGUCCUCCUUCCAAUUAUCAUCUCCUAUUUCAAACCCAAACCCACGGAUCCCACGAGCAACACUCCCAAUGCCCGGGAUAUCGUCGCCGAGGUCAACUUCGACCGCUACCUUGCCCAAGCAUCUGUUGGCUUAGACGGUUUGGCCGACACGUUGGUGGCAAUCACAGCUAGCAGAUCCUCCCCCGUCUUCAUCGCCCUGUCGUGCCUCUCUUCUUUCACCUCUGGAGGCAAUCCGACCCUCCAUUCCCUCGGAGCAAUCGCGUUCCAUGCUUGUGGAUUCAGCUCGGAAGUGGGUGCUUUGUUCGGGGCCAUGGCGGUUCUCUCUGCUAUCGCACAUACUAUCUCGCCAACCAUCUACGCGUUCACCUACCGUCACACAGUAGCCACAUACCCAGAGGGUAUCUUCGCCCUUGCCGCCUGCCUACUCUUCUCCACUGUUCUCCUGUUGAACGGCGUUUCCUUCACGGAGAGCGAGGUUGCUCAGAACCACGCAACGGAGCCGUCGUCGGCAUCGAACUACGACUAUGAAGCCGUCUCGACCACGGAAGUGGACAAUAAUGUUGAUGAAAUCGGACGAAGACACGAACGAACAAUGUCGACGAUCUCGAACGUAUCUGUACCACACCAUCCGUGA